GAGUACUCGUGAUGAUCAUCGAUCUGGCAGCCCAGCUUUGACACCAUUUGUGAGACAUGCAGCCAGACAAGAACCUAAACCCCGAAAUGGAUGACCUUCCACUCCGAGCCAAUACUAACCACAUACUUGUCAGGCAUUAUGUGCUGGACCUGACGCUUCAUUUUGACAGGAAUGUCAUCAGUGGUAGUGUCGUUCUGUUCUUGGAGCCUUCCUCUGGAUCGGGGUCUAAGACUGAGGAUGGCAUUGGACCUGGAUCUUGCAUUAUAGAAGCUGGAAGGAGUCACGAUGUAUAUGUGUGCAGAUCUCACAAUGAGGACACAGUGGAGGAUGGUACAGAAGGAAUUGGGAAGGCUAUGACAAAGAUGGAGAAGAUACUUGGUGCUGGAGAAAGAGAUGGAGCUGAAUGUCAGGCUCUGUCUGGCGUACGUGCACAGACUCCACCUGAAACAGAAAUUAUUCAGUCUUCACAUUUGUGGGAAACAACCAGUGACGAUGAUUUCACCUUAGUGAUGGACUGCUGUGACCUCCAUGUGUCAAAGGUGGAAGAGGUGGACAUCUCCUCUGUGUUUGCAUCUGAGAGCUCAGGUGUUAGAUUAGUCAACCGGCAAACAGCCUUUAUUCAGAACCUUAUCUCUAUGCCCUCUGACCAAUGGAGGCAGAAGCACCAGCUCUUUUCUCUAUGCAGCCAGGCGCCUGGUGCUCAGCACGGCAGCUCACUGCAAUUCUAUCGAGACCAAUGGAGUCUGCAGGUGAGGAAGAAGGGGGUCGCCUCAGCUCAGGGGUUUCCUCGUGCUCUCAGGAUUUGCUAUGAGACAAGACCAACAGGAGGCUCCGUGAGGUGGACGAAGGACCAGGACAACAGGGUGUGUGUUUACACCGCCGGCUCUCCCAUCAACAACCGAGCCCUCUUCCCCUGCCAGGAGCCGCCUGUUGCCAUGUCAACAUGGCAGGCAACAGUGCGGGCCCCCAGUGAGUGUGUGGUUCUGAUGAGUGGGGAGGAGGAGGCUAUACCUGUUGGGGACGGGGACACAAGCUUGUUAAUAUGGAAUUACUAUGUCACUAUGCCCAUGCCCGCCUCCACCUUCACCUUGGCAGUGGGCCACUGGCACCAAGUCCCAGCAGAAAUUGCUCCAGCAGUGGAAAGAGGGCUGAAGACGGAUUGUAGUAAGACUGCCAAACUCGGGGCUAGACCCGGGGAAAGGGUCCAGGCUGACCAAAUGUCUGGCCAUGGGAGCUCCAUCAGUGAAGUAGUAAAGGGCUCUCCACUCAAGACUGGCAGCGGAGACCAGACCACCCACUCAGACUCUGCACUCUGUUACUCUUCCCUUGAGGAUGCGACGCACUCUGUAACUGAUUAUUCAGGCAUAGUGGAUGACAGCAUCUCUUGUUCCCAUGACGACUACCCUUGCCGAUUCACUGAGGAGUCGGCUAGGUCCCAGCGGGUGAUCCCGCACCGUGUGUUUGGCCCCGUCAGCUUGCUGCAGAAGGCCCAGGUGGGAGUCCUUAAGCUGUUGCCUCGAUGUUUGGCUGCAGCUCACACCAUUCUGGGGGUCCAUCCUUUUCCCCGCCUUGAUGUCCUCAUCGUCCCAGCAGGCUUCUCCAGUCUGGGCAUGGCAAGCCCCCAUAUCAUUUUCCUUUCCCAGAGUGUGUUGUGCGCUGGGAGUCCUGGUACUGAAGAGAAGAGCCUGUCCCUGUGUGGGUCCAGAAUUUGCCAUGAGAUCGCCCACUCCUGGUUUGGCCUGGUUAUCGGAGCACGAGACUGGACUGAGGAAUGGAUCAGCGAGGGCUUUGCCACCUACCUGGAGGACAUUAUCUGGGCCCAAGCUCAAAAACUCCCCUCACAAGAGACAGCAGAACAGUCUGACUUGAAGGCUCUGCUGAGGUGGAGACGGCUCUCUGAUGAGUUGCAGAACUCAGACGAGGCACUUCAAAUCCUCAGGCCUAACAUGGGGAACACUGGUCAGGUCAGUGACUCUGGCUCAUCUACGGUUAAACAUGCCCUUAACCCAGACAAAACCUUCAUGCAAGUCCACUACCUCAAGGGUUACUUCCUCCUCAGGUUCUUGGCCAGUCAAGUGGGAGAGCAACAAUUCAUCAAUUUCUUCAGAUUAUUUGUGAAGAAAUACCAUGGGCAACUCAUCUUGUCUCAGGAUUUCCUGCAAAUGCUGCUGAUUACCUUUCCCGACUUGGAGAGAGAAGGCCUCACCCUCAGUGCUAUUCAUGCUGACUGGCUCGAUCGACCGGGAAUUCCAAAGGUAUGA